CAUGACCAAACGUGGACAUGUGACGUGACAUGUGUUUGAAAAACAGAGCUUUUCUUCACAUAUUUGAUAUUGUAACACGGGUGAGUGAUAGAAAAAGUGUGAUUUUGUGGGUGAACUGUUCCUUCAGUGUGAAUGAGACACAUCAGUGGGACUCUAUCAGUGUUCAGCCUUCACAGCACCACAGAGGGAUUUUGCUCUCCACCUGAUUUAUGUUCCCUCAGCCUGCUGAAGCCUCAGAUUAACUUGAACUUUAGUUUAGCUGACUCCUGCCGGGUGCGACUAUUGUCACCUCUGCCUGCUAAGCUGCUGGUAUAAAGCAAAGUGAAUCUCUGAGCUCUAAUCAUGUCGCCCCGACUGUUGUGUAACAAUUGCUUCACCCGAGCUCCGCUCUCCGUGGGAGGGGAACCUGAUAGCGUCUGUUCAGUCCAGGGAGGCGACUUCCUGCAGCAGAAAUUUAUGAGGUUCCUCAGAGAGUUGGGGUGGUAUUUCUGGAGCCUGCCGGCCCAUUGGUCUGAAGUGACUCUGCUACCAUAAAGAGGGCUGACUUUACUGCUGAGCGAGCACUUCACACCCUAUAUACUCUGUUUAUUCUUUACUGUUUAGGACUUGGCAGCGUCUCCCCCUCUUCUUCUUCCUCCUCCUCCUCGUCACGUUCAGUAGGUUGUGAAGAUCACAAACCGCCAACAUGUCUGAGGGAAAGAAAAUGACGUCCAGCCGCAGGCAUCAUCUGAAGAGUCUGAUGCUGCAGAUUGCCGCCAACUGGAUCGAGCAGGAGAAGAAGGACAUCGCGGCGGCUAAGGAGGCCUACAUGGCCGAGAACUGUCCCGCCCCCGACGCCAGCGGAGACCAGGCCGCCCUCAUGGAACUCUGUAAGAAGAUCCACCAGGCCAUCGACAAGGUGGAUGAGGCGAGGUACGACGCCGAGGCCAAAGUGCAGAAGGCCGACAAAGAGAUCGAGGAUCUGAAGAUGAAGGUGGUGGAGCUGGCCGGAGUGAAGAAACCCGCCCUGAAGAAAGUGCGUAUGUCCGCUGACGCCAUGCUGCAGGCUCUGCUGGGAGGAAAACACAAGGUGACCAUGGACCUGAGGGCCAACCUGAAACAGGUCAAGAAGGAGGUCAAAGAGGAGUCGACAGAGGCGGUCGGCGACUGGCGUAAGAACAUUGAAGAUAAGGCUGACAGGAAGAAGAUGUUCGAGACCUCCUAAAAACCUGCCUGAAGUGGCGAGGAGCGACAGCAGGGGAGACGUCUCCGUCUGAGGUCUGAGUGACUGAAAGUGUCUGUGUUCCAGCAGGACUCACAAGGACAACACUUGAAACACUUUUUUGUUAUUGUAGGUUAUGUUUGUGAUACUGUCGUCCUCCCGAGACAGAGACUGAACUGAGACAAAGUAACGCCAACAUGUUCGCAGUUAAAACUUCUGACAGAAAAUCAUCAUUUCAAAAUGUACAGGUUUUCAUGGAGUCAUUAGAAAUAAACGUUUUGAAGUAAGGAU